UCAUUCCUUUCUCUUUCUCUUCCUCUUCCUCUUCCUCUUCCCAUUCCUUCUUUCUUCAAUCUUCAAUUCUCUCACACUGACCCUUCCUUUCACUCUGCCUUUCUUUCUUCUUCGUUCUCAUUCGCACAAAACACAGACUCAAUACUGGUGUUGGUUUCCUUGCACUUUCUCUUUUACUCUGAAAUGUCCAUGUCCAUAUCCGUGUUCCCAUGUCACCCGGUAACCCUCUAUUGUGUUCCCCUUCCACCAGCUUCUUCUUAGAUUUAUAAUUUGGGCAGAGCUGAAACUGCUCCGAGAUCUGAGAGCUGAAAACCGUAUUCAUGAGAUGGAAGCAGAAAGAAAACCGGAUUUAUCUGAUUGGGUGGGUGUGUAGAGGCCGGGGCUGGAUCCAGGGAUUUUGAGGAUUAAUAUUAGAUUUCGUUUUUAGGGAUUUAUCAUUUUAUUAUUAUUUUCGAAGAACAGCGAAGAACAUGGAGGUGGGGAUGGGGCGCGUGGUGUGGGACGACGACGAUAAAGCCACGGUAGCGGCGGUUUUGGGAGCACGCGCUUUGGAUUUCUUGGUGACAAACGCGGUAUCCAAUGAGAACCUGUUAGUGGCAGUUGGGAGCGACGAGACUCUUCAGAACAAGCUUUCCGAUCUGGUGGACCGUCCCAACCUCUCGAAUUUCAGUUGGAAUUACGCCAUUUUCUGGCAGUUAUCUCAGUCCAAAUCCGGCGACUGGGUUCUCGGAUGGGGCGACGGUUCCUGCAGGGAGCCCAACGAUGCAGAAGAAGGCGGCGGAGGUGGUGUUAGGGGAGGGAUUCUGAGUCUCCGAAUCGACGACGAGAUGCAGCAGAGGAUGAGGAAGAGGGUUUUGCAAAAGCUACACACUACGUUCGGUGGCUCCGACGAGGACAAUUACGCUUUUGGCCUCGACCGCGUGACGGACACGGAGAUGUUCUUUCUUGCUUCCAUGUACUUCUCGUUCCCCCGCGGCCACGGUGGCCCAGGUAAGUGCUUUGCGUCCGGGAAGCACCUGUGGCUCUCGGACGCCAUGAAAUCCAACUCUGAUUACUGCGUGCGCUCUUUCUUGGCUAAAAACGCUGGCUUUCAGACUAUUAUUUUGGUUCCUACCGAUUUGGGAGUGUUGGAGUUGGGUUCAGUGAGGACUCUGCCGGAGAAUUUUGAGCUCUUGCAGGCCAUCAAAUCGGUGUUUUCGUCUCAGGCUACAACCACCUACCCCAUGGCUAAUAGUAAGCCUCUUAUGCCAUUGACAGUGAUGAGUGAAAAGAGGGAUGAGAAUAAUAAUGCUCUUUUUCCUGGUUUGGCAAUCGGGGACCAUACUCACCAGAACAAUAACAAGGUUGUUGAGGGAGUGCCAAAGGUUUUUGGAAGCGCUGUGAUUUCUGGUAGGUCCCAUUUCAGGGAGAAGCUUGCUGUUAGGAAGAUGGAGGAGAGGCCUUGGGUACCCCACCACCAACCCAAUGGGAAUAAUAAUGCCAAUGCCAAUGCCAAUGCCAAUGCCAUUAACUUCCCCAAUGGUCCUCCUCGCAAUGGUCUUCAUCACGGGUCUGCUUGGGUUGGUGGAGCAGCAGUAGGAGGGAAUAGUAAUAAUAGUAACUGUAAUAAUCAUACUCAAGGUGGUGUGAGGCAGGCUGCUGCUGGUGGCGCUGCUGAGAUUUUCGCUCCUAGGUCGUCCGCGUGCAAUGUGUCUGCCGAGUUGGCCAAUGGUGGUGUGAGGCCGCAGGAUUUUAGGAUUAGCAGCUAUCAACCCCAAAGGCAGGUGCAAAUGCAGAUUGAUUUCUCCGGAGCCACUUCCAGACCUUCUGUGAGGCCUGUGGUUGCUGAUUCGGAGCUUUCUGAUGUUGAGGCCUCGUGCAAGGAGGAGCAGCCAAGCAUGGCUGACGAGAGAAGGCCCAGGAAGCGGGGAAGGAAGCCUGCUAAUGGUAGGGAGGAACCCCUCAAUCACGUGGAAGCUGAGAGGCAGAGGCGCGAGAAGCUCAACCAGAGGUUCUAUGCGCUGCGGUCUGUGGUGCCCAAUAUAUCCAAGAUGGACAAGGCGUCAUUGCUUGGUGACGCCAUUGCCUACAUCAAUGAGCUCCAAGCGAAGCUCAAGAUGAUGGAAUCUGAGAGGGAGAGACAUGGAGGAAGCACUUCUUUUAGGGAGCCGGAGGCAAUGCAAAGAGCAGCAGAAAAUCACCAUGGUGGUGGAAAUGCUGAUGUGGAUAUUGAAGCAGCACAGGAUGAGGUGAUUGUUAGGGUGAGUUGCCCUCUUGAUUCUCAUCCGGUUUCAAGAGUGAUCCAAACAUUCAAAGACGCACAAAUCAAUGUUAUUGAUUCAAAACUCGCAGCUGCAAAUGACACCAUAUUUCACACCUUUGUAAUUAAGUCCCAACAAGGAUGUGAACAGCUCACAAAGGACAUGUUGAUUGCAGCACUCUCCCCAGAAUCCAAUUCUUUACAGCAAUUGUCAUCUGUUGGUGGGUAGCGCAGAGGAUCAAGAGAGUUGCAAUUAACAUAGUUUAUAGGCAAUGAUUCAUAGUCUAAAGAGCUUCCUCAGAAAUUUUGUUAUACUGUUGGGGGAUCUAAAAAGAGAAGCAUUUGGAACUAGGGUAGUAGAAUAAUAGUUCCUAUUAACUGUGUAGGACAACCAAUUUAUUAAUGUUUGUUUAUAGUAUACACAGUUUAUCAUAAGUAUCAUUCCUGCAAUUGUCAAAUUAUUUUUGGUUUUUGGUUGUCUAGUUUAAUGAUCAUAGGGUUUAUUUUUUCUGUCU